AUGUGUAAACGUGUUGCUAAUGAUGAGAAUGAUCCUGACCUUAGACAAGUUGUUAUAGCUCGACAAAAUGGUGAAAUUAAUAUCGUCGAUACUUCACAACAAGAAUUGAAACCUGUUUACAAAUUCAGUGAUGAUUCGAUGAUCAACGCUACCGCCCAAGAAAAAGGAUCAGUUGAGAAAAAGAGCUUCAUUGAUAAGCGGUCUUCGAAAUUUGUGGGGCUGUUUGCUAAUGAGAGUACCCUGGUGACUUGUACUGAUUUUGGAGUGUUGCGAUAUUAUUCAUUACCAUCAGCGGAAGAAUCUUCUUGUAAAGCUUCAUCAGAUACGACGAUAACACUAUCAUCAGAUCUUUGUCGUCUACGCGUGCAUCCUAAACAAAAUCACAUUAUUGCAUUUGGCGGAAAAGAACGUGAUCUCACGGCAUGGGACAUUAACGGAUAUAAGGCAGGAAAAUCUCCAAUAAAUGAGCAAUCAAACAAUUACGACAAUAAGUAUCAAAAGAAAAAAGAAGAUGCGCCUGGAGUGCUGUGGCGCGCUAAAAAUCUUCCGAAUGAUUUUUUGGAUAUGCGGAUUCCGGUUUGGAUUACAGAUUUGCAAUUUAUGGACAAUGAUGAUGUUUCACGAAUUGUGGUUGGGACUUAUUAUCAUCAGAUACGUCUUUACGAUAUAAAAACUGCACGACGACCAGUUUUAAAUGUCGAGAUUGGUGAACAUCCUAUAGUCUCGAUUUGUGUUGGGCGAAAUCCAUACGAAAUAUUUGCAUCAGAUACAGCUUGUAAUGUUUAUUCAAUGGAUGUUCGAGCAGGAUCGUUACUGGGCCAGUUUAAAGGGUUUACUGGAUCCGUGCGUGAUUUGGCAAUACACCCAAACUCAGAAUCAUUAGUAACGGUCGGACUUGACCGUUUUUUACGUGUCCACGAGAUAAAAGGGUCACGAAAUUUAUUACACAAAGUCUAUUUGAAGCAGAGACUUUCGUGUUUGGUGGUUGAUAAUAAUGAAUGUGAUAAAGAUAAUGAGAUACAAGAAAGUGACCAAGAUGAAGAUAUUUGGCGACGAAUGGAAGAAAUCAAGGAGCCAAAAACGAAGAAACGAAAAAUAAUAAAAAAUGAUGGUCGGGAUUAA